UAUCAACACAACGAAGAAGACGACUACGACGACGAAAUGCGAGGGAUGAGAUCACUACGCGGUACUUCUAAAUCCGCCUUAAUUUUCCGUCCGGCGAGAUUAACCUCUCUUCGGAGCCUCUUCACCGGUUGCCGUGCCGUGAUGUUACCUCGAUUCGGCGGUCCGGAGGUUUUAGAGCUCCGGGAUAAUAUUCCGGUGCCGAAUCUCAAUCCCAACGAGGUUCUCGUCCGUGCGAAAGCUGUCUCCGUCAAUCCUCUUGAUUGCAGAAUAAGAGCAGGGUAUGGACGUUCUGUGUUCCAACCGCAUCUACCUAUUAUCAUUGGACGUGAUGUUAGUGGUGAAGUUGCUGCGAUUGGGAACUCUGUUAAGUCGUUUAGAGUAGGGCAAGAAGUGUUUGGUGCGUUGCAUCCUACUGCGUUAAGAGGUACUUAUACUGAUCAUGCAAUACUUUCUGAGGAGGAACUUACUGAGAAGCCAGCUUCAGUUUCUCAUGUGGAGGCCAGUGCUAUUCCUUUUGCAGCGUUGACUGCUUGGCGUGCUUUAAAGAGUGAUGCUCGGAUACUUGAAGGACAAAGAGUAUUAGUUUUUGGAGGAGGAGGAGCAGUAGGUUUUGCUGCAAUCCAGAUUGCGGUAGCCUCUGGGUGUCAUGUUACAGCUUCUUGUGUGGGUCAGACCAGAGAUAGAAUAGUAGCAGCUGGUGCCGAGCAGGCUGUUGACUACACAACCGAGGACAUUGAGGUGGUGGUAAAAGGAAAGUUUGACGCUGUGUUGGAUACUAUUGGUCGGCCUGAAACUGAGAGAAUAGGCAUAAACUUUUUGAGGAGGGGUGGAAACUAUAUGACUCUCCAGGGUGAGGCUGCAUCAUUAACUGAUAAAUAUGGUUUUGUGAUUGGGCUUCCGCUUGCAACUUCGCUCUUGGCAAAGAAAAAGAUUCAAUAUCAGUAUUCUCAUGGAAUAGACUACUCGUGGUCGUAUAUGAGGGCUGAUCCUGAAGGUCUAGCUGAGAUUCAGCGGUUAGUUGGAGCUGGAAAGCUAAAGAUACCAGUGGAAAAAACAUUUCCGAUAACCGAAGUUGUAGCAGCUCAUGAAGCAAAGGAGAAGAAGGAGAUUCCGGGUAAGGUGGUUCUUGAGCUCUGAACUAUAUAUAUAGAGAGAGAGUAACAAUAAUAAUCCUUGCAGAUCUCCCUAGCAGUUGUUCUUUUUUAGAAAUUACACACACGGGAAACAAAUGUUUUUCUGCGUCUUAAGUUUUCUGUAUAUGAGAUCUAUCAUGCUUAGAUUCAGGUUCAAAACUUUUGAAGUUUAUGUAUAGACUCUCCAAAGGGUUUUUAUUUGGGCAUUGUCUUUGUUGCAACUUGCAGUAAACCAACUAUACCGAGUAAUGAAAAUGGUUUAG